AUGGCACGAGCGGGCAUGUUGCACAGGGGUGGAAAAAACGGUGCCGAUGGGUGCGACGAUGUGCAGCGCUCGCUGGAGUUGCUGGACCAGGUGCUGAGUGAAUACGACGAGGGUGAGCCGCGUUCGUUGGAGGCAGCCCGCGUGGCAGCCACGCCGGCGACGCCUGCCACUCCCGCCACGCCGGCCACUCCUGCCACUGACGACGAUUCACCGCUCGCCGGACACACCUCAGAAGACGAUGGAUACAUGAGCAUGAACGGAAGAAGAGCGAAAUUCGCGCUAGGCUUCCACCCGACGGAGGAACGUGAAGAACCUUCGCCCCCGGAACCAACUUCGCCUCAUUCGCCGCCGCCGCCUGAAGAGGCACAGCGAAUAAUUUCUACAUUGUUACCGAAAGUUUCGCCAGCAAAUUCUGGGAAGCGCACCAUUUCAGUCGAGCAAACCGAAACUACUGAAAGGCUGGAUUCCAUUAUUAGUGUUAAUGGAAUUACAACUGCUACUCAGACCACAUUCCCGAAAACCAAACACCAGCGACCUUACGGUUGGGAGAAAGAUAAUAUUGAAACGAACGGCUUUCAACUACAACCAGCCCCAGUGCCUCCGUACAAAUUUGCUUCACUCCAACAUGGUGUGCACCCUCCACAUGCUGACACAACGUCAGCAUGGCUACCACCACGGCAAGCGGCCCCACCUAUCACACAAAUAAAAUCACCUAGCUUUGAGAACCCUCCAGUAUUCCCGUUCAUGGGUUUCUCAAGCGAUUUCAAUGACAAGCCUUACAAUGAACAUCCCGUUACAAUUUAUCCGGGACCGAACCUCCAGUUUAACAGACAGUCACAUUCACCAACAUACAAUAUCCAAAAAAUUUCACCAUCGAAUAAUAAAAAUUUAGAGAGAAAGGGCUACGUAAAACGUGAUAGCAGAUCCGAUGGUGAAAUGUUGUCACCCAGGGGUAAAGUACCUCCGCGGACUCUCGCCGGUUCUAUGGAGAGGCAUAGAGAAGUGUGUAGAGGUUCUUCGGAGGACGUAAUGGAUGGGCAGAAAACGAGACGUUCGAGUAGGUGCAACGAUGAUGAUCAUUUCUCAGAUGAUUCUUUAGAAGAGUCGUUCCCACCGCCGCCGCCCGCUGCCACCACGCCUUCGAAACGCAAUUCUAUAGCAUGGGAAGUAUCCCUCGAUGGUGAUGAUCCUCUACUUACUCCCGGAAGCACAAAGGUAAUAGGACGAAGAAGAAGAAAAUCAGGCGAUCAAUCACAUUCAAGUACAAACUCUAUACCGCAACGACUAGAUGACGAUUGGGGCGAAGAAUACUGGCCUCCACCUCCUCCGAUAGCACAAUGCGAUCCUUUAGCGUCACCAACAUCUGACGUAGAGCAUGACAAUAAACGCGAUCUGGCAUGUGGCACCUACGUUAUUAGGAAAGGCAAAAACAGAAAACAUUUACCAACUUUCAACAAAACCAAUAGUAGUAAAACGUCAAACGCGAACAACCUAAUUCAAACUCACAGCUUGAACAGAAGCACGGACAAAUCAAUAGACGGAUCAAGUGUAUCAAUAAGUGGUUCUGGAUCUGUCAGUUCAUACAACUCUAGACCUAGCUCAGACUUGAGUUUACCACAAUCAAGAUACAGUGUUGACCUUAACUCACGUCUAAGUCGCGAACUCAAUACUCCUAACUCGAGAUACAGCAUAGAUCUUUGCACGCCUAAUUCUAGAAUUAGCAAAGAAAUUAAUUCACCAAAAUCCAGGCUUAGUUUAGAUCUCAACAACGGUCAAGAUAGAUAUAUUAACCCAGAAUAUUUUGGUCACAGUCCAAAAAGCAGAAACGUCACCGGAGACAAAUGUGUAACACCCAAAAGUAACAUAGUGCAAAGUAAACUAUCUCCGCAAAACAGAUUUACGGAUUUCAAAAAGUAUUCUUCAACAUUUGAUAAUAUACAAUCUUUAAUCAAAGAAGGUAAAGUUGAAGAAGCUCCACAAAUAGAAUGCAAUGAAACGGUAAAUGAACUAACUACUGUUCCUCCUAAUAUGGUUAGAGUGAUAUCGUUACCUAGUCUCGGUGAGAGUGACGGCAACAGUGCUAGUAGGCAAGCACUUAUUACGACAGUUGAGGAAGAAGAAGAUCCGGAAAGUGGUGAAAGAGGCUCCAGUGGCGAAACUUCACCAUUACGUAAAAUUGAAAAUAACAUAAGCGCUAUAUUAAGCCAGAGUCGGGACCAAAAACUUUUUACGCCAUACAUACCUAAAGACUGGAAUAUACAUAAGGAUGAAUACUGUGAUGACGUAUCUAAGGAAAUAGAAACAAAUUACCGUUAUAGCUCUAGGGACAAACAUAGGAGACAUGAUAUCCAGAAAUCAUCAAGUCAUAACGAGAUACAAAGUCAAAGAUCUAUUGAUCGUCGAGACCGUUCUUCAGGCAGACGAUCAAACAGUAUGCACAAGUCGACUAGUGCGAAAGACAUGCCAGUUAGCUUAGUUCGGCAGCCAUCCUCCUCGGAUUCAGCUGUUUCCAGCGGAGGAGAUUUUCCGUUGAAUGUUCAAAUAGUAGAGCAUCCGUAUAGAUCUCCAUUGCCUCCUUCACCAAGUAUAGGUCACGAAAAAGGGCCGCUUCCACAAACGCCAGAAUCACCUAUAUUCCCACCUCUACCACCCUCACCAGUUCAAGAAGUUGACGACGAGUAUACAGAAAUAAUGCAACCUACGGAAAAACGCCACAUCAAAAAGGCGGACACUUUACCAACUCCAACUAUGGAAUUAAGAAGAAGACCGUCAGAACCUCCUGCCGUGCCUCCACACCGUGACACAACUAACAGCCUUAAGACGCGAUCCAUGGAGAACAGCUUUAAUAAAAACAGAAGAAGUAGUAACUUUAAAAGCGGUUCAACGGACAGAAGAACUUUACCAACAGACGUGGGAGCAAGCGGAGCCCGACGACGCACACUUCAGCGUCAGCAACGCGAAACUUCUGCGGGCACUCGAGGACCUUUGCAAACUUCAGCAAGCUUACCCGAGACCCCAGUCUUCGCCCGCGGUUGCGAUGUACCUCGGACACCGCCAAGAAACUCCACGGGACCCCCACGUAACAAUACAAUGAACUCCAUGCAGACAAUAGGAAGCAGCGUCACGCUAGGUGGCUACGGUCGAGGCUCAGUGAUGGGCGCUACUUCAGGUGUCUGCACAGGAGCUGACCUGUUGCGUAUGGGCGGCCCGCCUCGAGGCUGGUAUCCUCGUCAACGACAUCGGCCAGCUUCUACGGAGCAUCUCGACCGACUGGCAACAUCUGCAAAGGUGCCUGCCGAUCAUCCAGUGCCGUGGGAUGGUUCUGGUGCACGUAAACCUUUAACUCUACCGCCCAACUUGACGCCUAAAUUCUUCCAGAAGUCACCAAGAGAAGCUCUACGUAGAGUCACGAGCUUAUUAAUACGAAAAGGUAAUAAUGGUAAGGAGAAGGAAACUGCCCGAAGCAAGGAAGCAACAUCGCCGGCAGCCCAUUCCGCAAACGCGAAUGAUACACAAAACUGGAUUCAUCUUCAUCUUCGUGAACAACAUUUCACACCUUUUUAUGAAGUAUCAGAUUUAUUGAAGACAAUACAAGACGCUACCCAAAAUGAAGCCCAUGUUGAUGCCAAUAUUCAACUAUUGCGUGACAAUUAUGAUGAAGUUCCUACCGAAGAUAACCAUAACAAUCAUGGAAAUGAAAUUGAGAUUGAUCCAGUUUAUACAAAUUAUCGUAAACACAGUACAAGUCAUAUUGAUUUUUAUAAAGACUUUACAAGUAAUUCAUUCGGUCAUUCUUGUAUUAUUUGCGACAGACUAUGGUGGAAAAGAGACUUAAAAAUGUCGACCAGUAAACAUGAAAGUAUUUUGAAAACAAUACUGCAGAAUUACACACCUGGUGAAAUUGUUCAAGUCUGCUCUACGUGUUAUACAUCUUUGGAAAAAGAAAAAAUUCCUCUCAUGUCAACCUACAAUGGUUUUGCAUAUCCGAAAAUUCCUUCACAUUUACCAACUUUAAACCUUAUCGAGCAACGAUUGAUUUCAUCGAGAAUACCGUUCAUGCAGAUUCGUAGACUGAGACACGUCAAUGGUCAGUACGGUAUUUAUGGCCAGAUAAUUAAUGUUCCUGUCGAAGUUAAUACAAUGGUGAAACAAUUGCCAAGAAACAUUCAAGAUGACCAUUGCUUUUAUGUGCAUUUGAAAAAGAAGUUGAUUCACAAAACUAGUUACGUCCACGGGCUUAUUAAUAAGAGACAUAUUAAAGAGUGGUUGUCGUAUUUGGUAUCUACGCCUCUUUAUAUUUAUCAUGACAUUAAAAUCGAUGAAUCUUUUCUUACCGGCAAUGAACGUACUUCGCAAUUUAAUAUGGAUGAAAUAAGUGAACACGUGCCAAUUGAAGACAAUUUAGUUGCGCAGCAACAAACUCUUUUGUGGAAUGAUGAUUAUUUUUUGAAUCUAGCACCCGGUGAAUAUAACAAGCCAGUCAGUAUUUUAAUGGAUGAACAUGCGGAAGAACUAUCUUUUCCGACAAUCUACGGCAGUCAGUUUCGAACAUACAGAGAUGGUGUUAUUGUUACUCCCUUCAUGCAAGCUACCAGCGAAGUUCGCCGUACUGAUAGACGUGCUACUGACCCACAACACCUUUUAUACAUCGCUGCUAAAAUAAUGAGGUUGCGAGUUAGUAGAUGUAUCAACGUUGCGUUUAAGCAUGUUGGGCAAGGUACUUCAAUUACGAAAGAGACCAUUCAAUCUGAAGAAUAUAUAAAUAAUUGUUUAGAAACAAAUCUCGCAUUUCUUCGCUGCAUACCAAAUUCUGCUUGGUUUUGGUCAGAUCGCAAAAAAGAUCUUUUUGCAAUGAUCAGGCAAUUAGGGCCACCAACUGCUUUUAUGACUCUUAGCGCCAAUGAAACUGGCUGGGAAAAUUUGUUGAAAUUAUUGUACAAAUUGAAAAACGAGGGAGCGGAUAUUUCAGAUAAGUUUUUAGCAGAAAUGAGUUAUGUGCACAAAGCUCAACUUGUGAAUGAGGAUGCCGUAACUUGUGCUAUUUAUUUUAAUAAAAUGGUAAAUUGUCUGUUAAAAAUUUUGCAAUCAAAGAAAAGAAAUCCAUUCGGAAAAUAUAGAGUAGUACAUUAUUUCAAAAGAAUAGAAUUUCAACAUUGUGGUAGCCUACAUGCUCAUAUUCUUCUUUGGUUGGAAAAUAUUCCUGAAGUUUUAUUAAGCAAUGAUCCUGAAGUAAUUAAAUUAAUCGACGAAUUAGUUUCUGUGUCAGUGUCAGAGGCGUCGGGAAAUAUAAAACUAGUAACGCACAAACACACAUUCGCGUGUUAUAAAAAAAUGAAUCCAAAUAAAAAGCAAGAAUGUAGAUUUGGUGCACCAUUUAUGCCAACAAAAAAAACUAUUAAUUUGAUACCUAUGAAAAACACUGAUGCCGAUUACUCAGAAGCGCUUUUCAAAGAAUAUAAGAAACGAUUUAAAUUUAUAAGAAAUAAUCUCGAAAAUUUUGACUACACAAAUUUUGAUGAAUUUUACUCGCAUAAUGAUAUUAUUUCUGAUGAUCAUUACUACAAUAUUAUUCGUGCUGGUAUCAAUAGACCAAAAUUAUUCUAUAAAAGGACACUAGCAGAAAAAUGGCACAACACUUUCAAUCCAUUCGUAUUACAUCAUUUGAAAUCGAACAUGGAUUUUCAGAUUAUACUAGAUGAAUAUGCUUGUGCAACAUAUGUCGUUGAAUAUAUCAAUAAGCACAAUAGAGGGAUUAGUAAUUUGCAAAGACAAAUAAUUGACAUAAUGGACGAGCAUCCAGAAUUCGACAUUGUCGAUAUCACGAAAAAAAUGAUUAUUGACAUACUUCAGUGUGAUGAAAUGUCGGUACAGGAAGCUGCUUGGUAUUUAUUAAGAGAACCUAUGGCUAAGUCAUCGGUGGUGACAGUCUACAUUCCAACGGUAUUUCCUACUGAACGCGCAAGAAUUAGAAAAUCUAUGAAGGAACUUGAAGCCUUAGAUGAUGAUUGUACGAACGUUUGGAAAGAGGAUUGGUUCGAUAAGUAUGAGAAAAGACCUGAAGAACUCCGCGAUCUUACGUUAGCACAAUUUGUUGCAAAAUAUUACCUAAAUAAAAAGGGGACUUACACUAAAAGAGAUACUGCAAGAAUAAUAAGAUACAGGAACUACGAUAUGGCUGACAAUUACAACGAUUAUAGACGUGAGAUGGUUCUGUUGCAUGUUCCUUUUCAAAGUGAAGAAAAUGAUAUUAUUGCUGAAAAUAAGUUCAUUCAAAUAUACGAAGACACCAAAGAUACGAUAUUAGAACGUAGGAAAGAAUUUGAAUCAAAUUUGGACAUAGAGAAAACUUUACAAAUUUGUAGGCAGUUGUGCCGAGAAAACGAUGAGGAACAAGAAGACGAAGAAUUAUUAAGAGCGGAGAAAAAAAUUUGUUUUCUUAUCGGUCACCGUGCUUAA